GAAUGUUUCUAGAGUUUACAAAGAUGAACAGGAGCUGGAAACCUAUAUAGGCUCAUAUCUCUAUGGUACCUGCAAUCAAAUAAUGAAUUGCUCGAAUCCAAAAAUCAAAGAAGCAGCAGUAUUUCAUGACCAAGGUCCCCAAUUUUUUGAUUAUAGCAUACGUCUCAAUCACACAUGGGCUUUCUCAGGAUUUCCUGAUGUUAAAUCCAUCAUGGAUGCAAAUGGUCCCCAACUUAAUGACUUGGAACUGUAUGGUUGCUUCGUACCUACAAUACAUCAAGUUUCAGGAUUUCCUGAUGUUAAAUCCAUCCAUCAUGGCGUAAAUACAAUACCAACAAUGCAAUACAGCUUCAGCGGUUUCUUAACUUUCCAGCAAGUUCUGGAUUCCUUUAUAAUUUUUGCGGCCCAACAAUCUGACACCAAAAAUAUAGAACUUCCUUCAUCUUUGCCCUCUGGCAAACCUUCCUCUCUUAAAGUGCCAUGGAUGAGUUAUGGUCCGUCAAACAUUCGAAUAGUCCCAUUUCCAACCCGUGAAUACACUGAUGAUGAGUUCCAGUCCAUUAUAAAAAGUAUCAUGGGUGUAUU